AAGAAUGGUUUUGAUGCACGGUACGUGAAAUGUCUAGGAAACGAAGGAUGAGAGGAAGAAGAACGCUAGAGACGGAAACUUACAGAGAAGAAAUUUCUGGUGUUCUUCUAUUUGAGGACGCUCCUCAUGAGUGUAGACCUGGUGAAAGCAAAAGAGAUUUAAGGGAAUUUCAAUUUCAACGAAUUGGAUUUGGUUUCAAAGACUGAUACCAAAGGGGGUGAUUGACGCAGUGAAAUUGGGUCGAGCUAUUCGAGUCCUUCCAACAUCAGCGGCCUGCGUUUUUCGAACUCAGAACCAGGGAACAAAACUAAAAUGAAUCCUUCGAAGAAAACCAUAGAAGAUCUGGAACAUCGUGGCCUUUGAUAAGUCGUCCCCAUGGCGGACGUGGGUUAUGUGGUGCGCAGCUCCUACUAUUCUCGCGUCUCACCAACGCAAGCAUCUUGUCCAUUUUCUUCGACUUUACCACGUGUAUCGCCUACAAGUUCCGCCUGUUUCUUCGUGUUAAACGCCGGCGUCGCCCCGGAAGAAGCUCCCCUGUUUCGCUUGCUCGGCCACUUCCGCUUCUCCUCCGAAGCGACGCUCGCCUCCCGCCGGUGGCCGGUAAGCGUAACCACCCUUCAACCGCCUCUUCCUCCUGUCGUCAAGAUGGCCGGUUCGACCAAUGAAGCUCUCUCUGGCUCGAGGUGUGCGCCUGUCGACGACGAAACGGACGGCGAAGUUGGCGCCAUUCCUUCCAAUGUCACCGAGAUCGUGGUUAUCCGCCAUGGAGAGACAACGUGGAAUGCUUGUGGGAGAAUUCAGGGACAUCUGGAUUCAGAAUUGAAUGAUCUUGGAAGAAGACAAGCAAUGGCUCUCAGUGAAAGACUAUCGAAAGAUCCCAUGAUUGCAGCAAUAUACGCAUCUGAUUUGAAGCGUGCUGCAGAGACUGCCAACUUGAUAUCAAAAAAGUGUGAGUCAGUUGAGGUUAUACUAGAUCCAGGACUCAAGGAAAGGCAUUUGGGAGACCUACAAGGUGUAGUGCUCCGUGAUGCUUGCAAAAUUGCUCCAGAAGCGUAUGAAACAUUUGUUUCAUCGAGGACUGAUCUUGAGAUUCCUGGUGGAGGUGAAAGUGUUGAACAAUUCCAUGACCGAUGUAUAUCUGCCCUGGAAAGGAUUGCAAGUGGUCACUUAGGGCAGCGGAUAGUAGUUGUGACCCAUGGUGGUGUGAUAAGAGAAUUCUUCAAUCGUGCCGCCCCCAGGGGAUCCAGGCGAGGGAAGAUACUCAAUGUGUCUGUCAACGUCCUUCGCAUAUCUGACAAAAUGGAGUGGAGCAUCAAAAGCUGGGGAGAUGUUAGCCACCUGGAUGGCGUUGGAUAUCUUGGAAAUGCUUUUGGCGGUGACAGGACGUCUGGGUAGUCUUAGAAAGGGAGAUACUGUGCUGCUACCUAAUAACAGCGUAAUAAAUUCUCAGUGAUAUGCACCGUUAAGAAAGAUUGUGCUAUCACACUCAACAUAUUCUUCAUGAUGGAUUAUCUUUGUUUGUAUAAGCAGGGAAGAUGCGUAGUUCAUGUGACUCGCAAUUUUUCUAUACAUACUAGUUUUAGUAA